UCUUCAUUUCCCUCUAUCCAGAUAAUCAACUUAAACAUGAUUUUGAAAAUUUAAAAUUUGGUUUCAAGCAAAUUUGAAUUUGAACUUUUUUUAUCGUAGUUUGAGUUUCGUAACUCCGAUUUGAUUGUUUCUUUUUGCAAAUCAAAGCUCUUCACUUAAACUUUCAGUUUAGAUCUUUUUUCUUGGUUUUACCUUUCAUCUUAUGCUUGAGUGCUUAUGUAUGCUAUUGUUCGUUCAUGAUAGAGUUUUCGAAGUGCGAGGCUUGCUACUAUGAAUCUCUAGGGUUUUCCGAUCGUCAGCAAUGCAAGUAACACUUUGAUCAUAUCCCUUUAUUACCCAGUUUUUAUGCAUUAGUUUCAACCCUCAAACAUUGCAUGAGUAGGAUUUUGAUUAACAUGUGCGUAUUGGGAAGUAGUUGAUGAGGUAGGAACCUAUUGCCUUUUAUCAAACCCUAGGUAGUUACUACGUUAUGCUUAUACUGCUAUGCUAUGCUCGUAGACAUGGUUUGAUUUUGAGAGAAUUCAUGAAAGAUGUGAGAGUUAUUAUUAACUAAGGGUUAACUUAAGGUGACUACUUUAAUACACAUCUGGGUGGAUUGGUUAUGGCAUGUAACAUCCCAAAAUUUUCUAAAUUUUGGAAUGUUAAUAAAUAAGUAAUAUUGUAUGAAUUGCUUCAGUUUUCUCAAGAAUUUAAAACUUUUGAGCCCUUCUUUAAAUGUUUUCAAACCAUGUUAAAUAAGAAUUUGAUAACAUUUUUGUCCAAAAAAAGAAUAUGGUUUGGAAAGUUUAUUCAAGAAUUCAAAGGGCAUUCAAUUCUUUCGGAAUAUCCACAAUCAAAUAUAUGAGUGAGAAUAAAAUGACUUUCUCAAAUGUAGUGGAUGAAUAUUUUAUUUGGAGUUCUUUGAAUUAAUGAGUUUCAUUGAAAUUGGAUCUUAUAUCGAAUUUAAUGCCAAAUAUAAGUUAAUGAGAGGAGAUAAUGUGACUUCUCCAAAAAUAUAUUUGGAAAUAUUUAAUUUGUAAAAUUAUCGUUUUGUGAAUUUGCAAAACUCAAUAUCGAUUUGUUUGAGUAAGUUCAUUUAUGCCAUAAAAAGGUAAUAGUAGUUUGUGCAGAAAAUUAAUUUUAUGAAAUUCUGAAAACUAUUUUUUGUGGACUCUAAAUAAAAUUAUGAUUAACAUACACAUUUUAAUUAUUUAUUUUAGCAAUACUUUUAAUUCCAACAAUUUGUAAUUUCUUUAAAAAUUGUUUUCCGUUUGGGCUAAGGCCAUUUGUUUUUAUGGCGUAGCUGCAGCACAACCCACACUUUUCCCACUAAGGCCCAUCUCACUUUCGUUUAGCGCAAGGCCCAGGCGCUGUCUUCUUGUACCUCUCUUCGUUCAACCUUCAGGAACAGAGAGGAACAAGCAUGGCCUCCUCCUCUUCCUCCCCUCCUCCCAGUUAAUUCCUUGCCCGUUUCACUUCGGCGUCUACACAAAAAAUGCGGAGGACAUUAUUACGAGUCCAUUCAGGGAAUCAAAACUCAACAUUACUGCUUAAAUUCGUCGAAUGGAUCCGUGAAACGUACAUGCACGAACAGCCAUUAUUGGCCGCACUAAAAUCGUCCUGGAUCUCUUCGUAUGGACUUCCCUCGCACCUAUAAAUAUCAUCUCUGGAUACAUCCCACUCCCCUACAUCAUCACGCUCAAAAGCCCUCUCUACUUCGAUCCCUCCUGCGGGCAAUUGCUCGCCGGAAUCCGACAAAGCAUCGAAGUCCGACGACGAUUCCGUCGCGACCGAGCCGGAGCGCGCUGUUUUUCGUCAUCGCAUCCGCCGGAGCUCCGCCCAACUCCGGCGAGACCUCACGGUUGCCCGAGGACAGGGCCGAACCCUCCGUGGUUAUCCUCGAGCUUGCACGGGCCUCCUCUCCCGCGUACGCCGCUUGUACUACGCCGGAGCCCUCACCGACGCCGAACCCGAGCACCGCCGCCGUCUUCUCCAUCGCCGGCGACCUCAAGUCCGAUUGCGACGAGUGCGAAGGUGAAUUCUACGAGGAGGUAGAACCUUGUGACUACGAAACCAAAGGCAAGUUGCAAAUUGAUCAUGCUUCGACCUAUAUUUUCAUACUAUGCAUAACUCUUUAAAUUUUAAUACUAUGCA